AUGUUGGUCAAUAUUUCCUCAUGCUUUUUUGUGCUCAGAACAUAUGCGCUCUGGAAGAACAAUAAAUUUGUGCUCGCAGCCAUGCUGACCGCCUUUCUUAUACAUCAGUCAGGUUUUCGUCGUCGCAUUCAUGCGACCAGCGCGAUCCCGGGCAUCACAGGUUGCUCGGACAGCGUUGACAACUUCAUGCCGUUUCUUCUCUUAUUUGCAUUUGAACUUGGCCUCAUGUUACUCACGCUCAUACGUGCUAUACAGAGUUGGCGCAUGACCAGCGGCCCUCUGUACGCCGUCCUGGUGAAGCAUAACAUAUUCUACUAUGCAUGCGGCCUCUUUUUAUCGGGGGUGAACGUUCUUGCAUUGCUGCUCCUCCAUGUGGGUGAACCACUCAGCCCCUCUAUGACCGAACCAUUGAUAUUCCGCAAUCCAGUACCAGUACCAGACCAUGUUCCAAGAAUUAUCAUCCUGACCAUUCUUGCCUUGCGCAUGCACCUUCAUCUCUGGCAAAUUGAUCAGCACGUACAAGGCUCCGACGUUCUUGUGUCGAACAUUGUGUUUAUUAUUCCUCAGCUCGACAUCUCAUUUGCGAGUCGUUCGGCGUAA